AUGGCGAAGACACAGGAACUACGGCGACUUGGUGGAGGCUUCAGGGCGAAAGCGAGCAAGUUGAUGGCGGUUUGCAUGGGUGGUUUUGUAUUGCUAUCAUCCGGACAGACCGUGGCAGAACAACUCGGCGAAGGAAUGAUGAAUCGGCAGUUGGAAGAGACACACGCACAGGGAACCAUGAGUGGACCAGAAUUUGCAGGGAACAUCGCCACGUGUACCCUGCAAGGAGCAGAGACGGUUACACGUGUCCAGCCUCCAGCUACCGCGCUAACAUUGUCCAAAGACAAUCUCGGUGUCGAGUUACACUGUGCCGGUACUAACAAUAUUGCGGUGCCGGAAGGGUUGCAAAGUGUGUGCCGCCCAAAUGCGACCUCUGCCGCCCUCAAGGAACGGGACGGGGCAACUAAGUGCCAGUUUGGGAAUGCAACGUCGUCUGAGGGAGAAGAAGUCACGCUCCAAACGCUCCUCGAGGCAGGCGAACAUUUGAAGUGGCAGCAAAAAACGGGGUCUAAAACUGCAGAAAACGGCCAAAAGUGGACCUUGAACUUGGCCACGAGCGAUCUCCCUUUACAGGACACCCCAUUCUUUGUUGGGUGUCAAAAAAAGGAUUCUACAGCAGCAGUUAGCACCGCCACAAACUCGUGCAAAGUGCCUGUACACGUGGAAGCGAGGCCGUCUGCUGUAGCAGAUAACGUUGCCACCUGCGCUUACGGCCAGAAGAGCAAUGGGCAGGCACUGGAGGUCGAGGUCACAGCAGAAAAAAACUUUGUGACAGUCGAGUGUGGCAGUGUCGGCGCUCCGAUGACUGGAAUCACCACAGCGGAGUACUGCGCACCUGAAGAAGCAAAUUUGGAUACUUGCACGGCGAAAAAGUACAUCGAUGUUCUGCCAAUGUUUGAGGAGAGUUGGGUGAAGCAGAACGAUGCGAAAUCAUCUCUCACUCUGACAAUCCCGGAAAACGGAUUUCCAGCGGAGGACCAGAAGCUCCGACUAGUAUGUGUUCCUAAGAAAGCUGCGAAAAACCCGAGUCAUAGUAACGCUGCUGACAAAACGUUCGGUGAAGCAACAACGAACUGCAAUGUCUUUGUGACAGUCAAAGCAGCGAACUCCGCGACAUCUGCAACAUCCACUCUGCAAGUCAUGGCUGUUGCGUCAGGUGUUGUUGGCGCGGCAGGGCUUCUUGCCGGUUCCCUUUGA